AACUUACCCGUCAAAAUGGCCGAUCUGACAUCUGUGCUUAACUCUGUUCUGUUUUCUUCUUCCAGCAAAAUGUUUAUCGGAGGCCUGAGCUGGCAAACCUCACCAGAUAGCCUUAGAGACUAUUUUAGCAAAUUUGGAGAAAUUAGAGAAUGUAUGGUCAUGAGGGACCCCACCACAAAGCGUUCCAGAGGCUUCGGUUUCGUUACGUUUGCUGACCCGGCAAGUGUAGAUAAAGUAUUAGCUCAGCCCCAUCAUGAACUAGAUUCCAAGACGAUUGACCCUAAAGUUGCAUUUCCCCGACGAGCACAGCCUAAGAUGGUCACAAGAACAAAGAAAAUAUUUGUAGGUGGAUUAUCGGCGAAUACAGUAGUGGAAGAUGUAAAGCAAUACUUUGAACAGUUUGGCAAGGUAGAGGACGCCAUGCUUAUGUUUGACAAGACUACCAACAGGCAUAGAGGAUUUGGCUUCGUCACUUUUGAAAAUGAAGAUGUGGUGGAAAAAGUCUGUGAAAUUCAUUUUCAUGAAAUCAAUAAUAAAAUGGUAGAAUGUAAGAAAGCACAACCUAAAGAAGUGAUGUUUCCACCAGGGACAAGAGGAAGGGCGCGAGGAUUACCGUAUACCAUGGACGCUUUUAUGCUAGGGAUGGGAAUGUUGGGCUACCCAAAUUUUGUUGCAACGUAUGGCCGAGGAUAUCCUGGAUUUGCUCCGAGUUACAGCUAUCAAUUCCCAGGUUUUCCGGCAGCAGCCUAUGGACCAGUAGCAGCAGCAGCGGUGGCGGCAGCAAGAGGAUCAGGUAGGGGGGCCUGUGGAAGAGGCGGCUACAUGGCAUACCCGCAGAAUGCAGGGGCAGGGAUCCCUGAUUACGGUUUCUAUUCUUCGCCCGGUGACCAACGGGCUCCGUUAUCGUAUGCGGACUAUGGUUCCAUGGGGCCUCGGGUGGCUCAGAUGCUUCGUAGCGAGCACGCUGCUUCAGCAAGUAACUCCCCCCUCCACCACCUUCCCAGCCCGGAUCAGUUUAAGAGCCCAGUCUUGAAUAGCUACAGUGCUCAACCGAAUUUUGGCGCACCCGCUUCCCCGGCAGGCUCCAAUCCAGCCCGGCCAGGAGGAUUCCCAGGGGCUAACAGCCCAGGUCCGGUCGCAGACCUCUACGGUACAGCCAGUCAGGACUCCGGUGUUGGUAAUUACAUAAGUGCUGCCAGCCCUCAGCCAGGCUCUGGCUUCGGCCAUGGAAUCGCUGGACCCUUGAUUGCAACGGCUUUUACAAAUGGAUACCAUUGAAACGUUACACAUGGUUGGUUGCCAUCUCACUUUGAGAGUAUAUCUGGAUGUCCAGGCAAGACAGGGCGAAGUUUCUGAAUGGUCCCAUGUUUAGGUGAUAUCAUCAGACUUUGAGCACUACAUCAUCACCAAUAACAUACACAAACUGGAGGUGGCACUCUACGGACUUAGGUUGUUUAAAAAUCUCUCAUCAUCUCAUGAAUCUGCUGUACUAUACAAACAGCUUUUAAAACAUGUAUAUAUAAUCCAUUUCUCUUUUGUUUUAUUUUCUGGAUGGGUUUUCUCCCCCCCUUCCCUCCUCCCCCCCCCCCCCUUUUAAAUCGAUUUGAAUCACGUUUUGUUUUCAUAGCAUUUUGACAUAGUCUCGUAGUCACGUAGAUCUAUUCUUUGUGUAUCUAGUAAAAAGCCUAACCAUACUAUAACUAACUGUUUAUAUUAAGGGUUUUCUUUUUGUUUUCCCUCCUUUUGAUUUUUUUUUUCCUUCCCUUUUGUUUUAUGUAGUUGUUGCUUAAAGGAUGCUGAGACGAUAACGUGAUUCUCAGUCUUUUGGUACCAAUUCUGAAACUGUAAAAACUCUUCAGGUGGAAUUUUAGCGCACACUGAAUUGUAGGUAGAGCAAGUGCAGCAGGUGGGCUGAAGUCAAGUCUCUCGUUUGUGUUGUCUGGGAGCUGAGAGUGUAGUGGCGUAGCAGGUCUUUUCAUUUGUGAUGUCUCUGUUAACCUAAUUCUAUCUAUUUUCGGCAAUAAGGUAAGGACUCCAAAAGUUUUGCGUGUCCUUUUUUCUAUAAGUGCUUUUUUUUGUUGAAAGAGGUGAUAUAAGGUUUUUUGAACUUGUGAAUCCUGAAAAAAAAAAAAAAAUGACUGUAAAUACAAUUCCAUUAACUACAUAUAAACUAUUAAGAAAGAGAAAUACAAACUAUUUUUGUGAUGGAGUCGGUCUUAGGCAGUUUCUCUACUGAAUGGAAAAAAAAAUAAAAAUUAAGUUUUAAACUUCUAGAUCAACUGCCAGAGCUGGCCCAUAAGAGUUAGAUUAACACUGUUUAGCUUGCUCUGUAGGUGUGUUAGACCUUCUAACUGUACUAGCGUCAUACCAGCAUAUUAACUAGUCAUAUGUGCACAGCUUAAAAAUUAACAGUCUAGUUAUAUUUUUUAAUUUAACAACUGCUUUUUCCCAAGACUGAAAAAGAAGCUACAAUUUUACUAUUUAACGUAUUUAACGUUCGAAGCACACCUUUUUU